UAAAAAAAAUUUCUUUCCCAUGAACAUACCAUAUUGGACCUAUAAGGCUAAUAACUUCAACAUUUUAUCAAAUCCAAGUUUGAAGAACAGUGUCUUUUGUAGGGCUUGCCAUGAAAGAUUUUGGUGUUUGGGAGAGAGAAUUUAGAGGGAGUCAUGAGUUUUGCACUUGAAUAUAUUUAACUAGUUUUGAAAGAGAGUUGAAGAAUCUUUAAAUGAAUGUAUCUUGAUAAUGUUAAAGAAAUACUAAUCUUCUUCAUUUUCUCCGAUAGUCUCACUAGGAAUUCUUUGCACUACUGGUUGGUUACUUGAUCAGCUUUCUACCCAAGAGUUUAUUUAAACUCUUCUUUUAUCUCUAAGCUAAACACAAAACAAUCACUCUAAAUUCUUAUACUAAAUUUCUUCUUAAUUUGUUUUAACUUUCGUGAAGAGUAUUUAAGUAUAUAUGGGUAAUCUAGAGAUAACCUCGAGAAUUUUUGGUGUAAUUCAUCUUGUUGGCUUAGUCCUUUUCAGCUUUCAUGGAUUCUGCUAUUCCGAGCAAGCUCCAAAUUACUCAUUUGUUCAUGAAGCAACAACGGCACCAAAUAUAUCGUACUACGACUACAUCAUCGUAGGUGGAGGAACUGCGGGGUGUCCAUUAGCUGCUACUCUCUCUUCAAACUACAAAGUCUUGUUGAUAGAAAGGGGUGGAGUACCAUAUGGAAACUCCAACAUAACAAAUUUAGGUUCAUUUGGGAGUGCUUUAGCAGACCUUUCUCCGGGUUCACCUUCGCAACGUUUUAUAUCAGAAGACGGGGUGAUUAAUGCUCGUGCAAGAGUUUUAGGUGGCGGAAGUUGUUUAAAUGCAGGGUUCUAUACGCGUGCUGGAACUGAAUAUGUUAAGACCGCUGGUUGGGAUGGAAGACUUGUUAAUGAAUCUUAUCAAUGGGUUGAACGGAGAGUGGCGUUCGAACCACCGAUGUUGGAAUGGCAAACGGCUGUUAGAGAUGGGUUACUUGAAGCCGGUAUUUUGCCUAAUAAUGGAUUUACUUACGAUCACAUGAAUGGUACUAAAGUUGGAGGCUCAAUCUUUGACCGUGAUGGCCAUCGACAUACCGCAGCUGAUUUACUUGAAUAUGCCAACCCCAAGGGACUUACUGUUUUACUACAUGCUACAGUUCACAAAAUCAUGUUUAGAACCAAAGGAAAAGUAAGACCAGAAGCCCAUGGAGUGUUAUUCACAGACGCGUCUGGCGUAAAACACAGGGCCUACUUGAACAAAUCAUCGUCGAAUGAGAUCAUAAUCUCUGCAGGUGCACUGGGAAGUCCUCAACUGUUAAUGCUGAGUGGUGUUGGACCGGCUGCUCAUUUGAGAUCCCUCAACAUUACAGUUCUGGUUGAUCAACCACUUGUUGGCCAAGGAAUGUCUGACAAUCCUAUGAAUGCCAUCUACAUUCCUUCCCCUGAACCAGUUGAGGUUUCACUUAUACAAGUUGUGGGUAUUACUCCAUAUGGAAGUUACAUUGAAGCUGCAAGUGGUGAGAAUUUUGCUUCUCAGGCUAUGGAGAAUAAUAAACCCCAAGAAAAUGAUGAUCUGCCGCGACAAAGGAAUUUCGGAAUGUUCUCACCUCAGACUGGGCAAAUCUCAAUUGUGCCACCAAAACAGAGAACACCAGAAGCAAUAGCCAAGGCAGUGAAACUAAUGAACGAGCUUGAUUCAAGAGCAUUUAGAGGAGGGUUUCUACUUGAAAAAAUUAUGGGUCCUUUAUCAACUGGGCAUCUUGAACUCAGAAGCAAAAAUCCUUAUAUCAACCCCAUAGUGACUUUUAACUACUUCAAGGAUCCAGAAGACCUCCAUAGAUGUGUUCAGGGUAUUCAAACCAUCGAGAGAGUAGUCGAAUCAAAUGCAUUCUCCAAAUUCAAGUACCCAUACCUUACUUUGCAACAACUUCUAAACAUGACAGUUGGGUUUCCAGUAAAUUUGCUCCCAAAACACGACAACACGUCGACAUCCUUGGAACAGUACUGUAAAGAUACAGUGAUGACUAUAUGGCAUUACCAUGGAGGUUGUCAAGUUAGUAUGGUUGUUGAUCACGAUUACAAAGUUCUUGGUGCUGAUGCACUUAGAGUUAUCGAUGGUUCGACAUUUAAUUACUCUCCUGGUACAAAUCCUCAAGCUACAGUUAUGAUGCUUGGAAGGUACAUGGGGAUCAGGAUGCUAGAUGAUAGGAUUACAUCAGAAGGAUCUGCAAUUGAUACUGAAAGCAUCAAGAAGAACUUUAAACACAGGGCUCAAGGAAAAACAUAGGAAGGAAGAAACAGCAGUGGAAGUCGAUCUUAAUUUAUAAGUAAUUAGAGGUUUAUUUGGCUAAUUAAUGAUUUUUAGGUGAACUUUCAUCAAUUAGUACUAAUUAAAAUUAAGUAAUAAAUUCAACAUUUGCGUGUU